GACCGGGUUAAGGGGCGUUGCCAGGCUGGCGGCUGCCAGGGGACUCCGGCUGUCUGGCCCGGGUGCUCCUCAAAGCCGGUAGAUCGCUAGCCAGCUCCACGGAGGCGUCAUGAGGUCUCCAGUUCGGGGCCUGCCUCCAAGCGAUGGCGAUAAGGUCUCAGACAAUACACCCCUCCUGCAGGACGCCCCGCAGGCGGAAGUUGCUCCAGUAUGCUGCUCUGUCCGUUACAACUUAGCAAUUUUGGCCUUUUUUGGUUUCUUCGUUCUCUAUGCAUUACGUGUGAAUCUGAGUGUCGCAUUAGUGGAUAUGGUAGAUUCAAAUACAACUUCAGCAGAUAAUAGAACUUCUAAGGAGUGUGCAGAGCAUUCUGCUUCCAAUCAGGUUCUUCAUAAUCAAACAGGUAAAAAGUACCAAUGGGAUGCAGAAACUCAAGGAUGGAUUCUCGGUUCUUUUUUUUAUGGCUACAUCAUCACACAGAUUCCUGGAGGAUAUGUUGCCAGCAAAGUGGGCGGGAAACUACUGCUAGGAUUUGGGAUCCUUGGCACUGCUGUCUUCACCCUGUUUACUCCCAUUGCUGCAGAUUUUGGAGUUGGAGCCCUCAUUGUGCUCAGAGCACUGGAAGGACUAGGAGAGGGUGUUACAUUUCCAGCCAUGCAUGCCAUGUGGUCUUCUUGGGCUCCCCCUCUUGAAAGAAGCAAGCUUCUUAGUAUUUCAUAUGCAGGAGCACAGCUUGGGACAGUAAUUUCUCUUCCUCUUUCUGGAAUAAUUUGCUUCUAUAUGAAUUGGACUUAUGUCUUCUACUUUUUUGGUAUAGUAGGAAUCAUUUGGUUUGUUUUAUGGAUCUGGUUAGUUAGUGAUACACCAGAAACUCACAGGACAAUCUCCCACCAAGAAAAGGAAUACAUUCGUUCAUCAUUAAAAAAUCAGCUUUCUUCACGGAAGUCAGUUCCAUGGAUACCCAUGCUAAAAUCCUUGCCACUUUGGGCUAUUGUUGUUGCACACUUUUCUUACAACUGGAGUUUUUAUACUUUGUUGACAUUAUUGCCUACUUACAUGAAGGAGAUCCUAAGGUUCAAUGUUCAAGCGAAUGGAAUUUUAUCAGCAGUGCCUUAUUUUGGCUGUUGGCUAUGUAUGAUCCUGUCUGGUCAAGCUGCUGACCAUUUAAGAGCAAAAUGGAAUUUUUCAACUAUAUGUGUUCGAAGAGUUUUUAGCCUUAUAGGAAUGAUUGGACCUGCAGUAUUUCUGGUUGCCGCUGGAUUUAUAGGUUGUGAUUAUUCUUUGGCUGUUGCAUUCCUAACCAUAUCAACAACACUAGGAGGCUUCUGCUCUUCUGGAUUUAGCAUCAACCACCUGGAUAUUGCUCCUUCGUUUGCCGGUAUCCUCUUGGGGAUCACAAAUACAUUUGCCACUAUUCCAGGAAUGGUCGGGCCUGUCAUUGCUAAAAGUCUGACCCCUGAGAACACUAUUAGAGAAUGGCAAACUGUUUUCUGGAUCGCUGCUGCUAUUAAUGUAUUUGGUGCCAUUUUCUUCACACUUUUUGCCAAAGGUGAAGUGCAGAACUGGGCCCUCGAUGACCACCGUGGACACAGAAGCUGAAAGAACCAAUAACUAAUCCUGUCUCUAUUCAUGUACUUUUGUUUAUCAUGCAACCUAAAAGUGCCUUUGAUAUUUUAAUGUUGUAAGCAUUCUAUGUGCAAGAAAAAAAUGUAUAUGUAUUAAAUUUUUAAGAAUUACAAUCAUGACAUGUCACUAGUGGCCAGAUUAGUGAAAUCAUCUAUUUUUAAUUACUAAUAGCACGUAUGCUGGAACUUCUAUUUUAGGGUCACGUACCCAGCUGCAAAUCAGGCACUGUGAAGUAGGGGAGUUCUAGUUAUUUUAAGGGCCAUACUUAGGAAUGAGCUGAAGUGCACUCCUCUAUACCUUUGCUUAAUUAAACUAGAUAAUAAAUCUCAGGUCUUGGUAAACACCUAUUUUUAUCUACUUUCCUCAUAAAAAUUAUUUGUCAUCAGCAAUCGUUGACCCUUACGUCUCAAACUUCAGCAUCUCCAUGGAGCUGCCAGCCUUUCUAUAAAGUGGCCUGGCAGCUGGGCUGAGGGAAGCAUGCCCAGUCAGCUGCCGGGCAUUCCCUUCCUGCUUCAGGGACAGUGCCCUGCAUUCACCAGAGGCAGCAGCCAAGACCAGGGUCAGUGCCAGGUCUUUGGAUGGCGUUCCUCUCCUGGGGGCUGUUAAUGUGCAGACAAAGCCCUGAGCCGACAGGAGCAUUGAGAUUCAUAGCCGUGGUUCUGAUGAAUCCUCAAACUUUCCCCUCCCCGGAAUAUUGAUUGGCAUGUAACCUACAAAAAUGAAGUGUGAAUUAACCACAAACAACAUGAUUCUUGAUUAAAACUAUCUUCAAGUCGAUCAGAGUAUAAAUUCUAAGUCCUGUGUUCUAUGAGCUACACCAGAAUUUUUUUUUUAAUUUAAAGUCAAGAUUCUGGUUGCAGUUUAAAGUUUAAGUGACUUUUAAAGGCCACAUCUCCCGAGACCAAUUGUAAUGUAAAGGUGAGAAUCAUUUCUCUGCUGAUUCCUGAAAUCAUAUUUUUCCACUUUUUCCUGGACCAUCUUCCAAUAGCUUUUGAAUGUGCUUUGAGAGCUUUUGUGUGUUUUAGAACUUGGUUUAUGUUGUAUUUGUUUAACACUACCUGUAAUAUUUUAAUAAAACUUAAAUGUAAUAUGAUGUGAAUAACUUCUGUAAAUUUUUUUAAAUUUGUAAAUGGCUUUAAUUUGCAAUGGUGAUAUUUCUUU